CAUUCAGUAGCCUUCGCGCAGUCUACAGAAGUGCACGAUGAGAGUACUGAUUGUCGCCGCCGUCCUCGCCUGCGCCGCCGCAGCGCCCUCGGGCCUGCUGGCUGGUCCCUACGGCCACGGUCUGAUCGGCCAUGGCGCCCCUCUGGCUUACGCCCACGCCGGCCCCUUGGCCGUGGCGCACGCCGCACCUCUGGCUGUGGCUCACGCCGCCGUCCCCACCAUCUCCCACGGAGACAUCCAGGGCGCCGCCAUCGACGCCCAUGUAGAGGCCGCUGACCACGUCCGCGCCGCCGUCGACGCCCACCGCGAGGUCCACGACCAGGCCGCCGAGCUCCACGGUCAGGCCAUCAACGCCGCCGAGGACCACUCGUGGCAGGCCAUCGACGCCGCCAAGACCCACGAGGCUCAGUUGGACGGUGCCGCCGCCGGCGCCGCGCCCAUCCUCGCCAAGCAGCUGGCCGGCCACGGCGCCGUGUACGCCGCGCCCGCGCUCGCGCACGCCGCCUACGCCGCUCCCCUCGCGCACGCUGGCGCCAUCGCGCACGCCGGCAGCCACUCCGUGUCCUCCCAGUCCCUGCACCAGACCCACCCCGCGCCCCUCGUGCACGCUCCCGUGCUCGCGCACGCCGCCCCCGUGUACGCGCACGCCGCGCCCGUCGCGUACGCCGCGCACGCCGGCUACGCUCACGCCGGACUCGCGCACGCCGGCUACGGUCACGCCGGUCUUACCCACGGUCUAUCCCACUGGUAGAAUGUUAAAUACACAAAAAGUGCCAAAAAAUUUCAUAUACUCAAAAGUUUCGAAUUUAAUUUAAAAACAAAACCAAGAGAAGAAGCGACGAUGUGUAAAUAAACAAAAUAGAAAACUUA